CUUCGAAUUGCACACAAUUUUCAUCGGUAUCUCAGUCGGUACACUCGACUCACUGUUUCCAACAUGGGUGGUGCAAUGGCAGCCGAGGGCAUCUCGGCCAAGCGCGCGGAGCUCGCCGGCAGCAAGGUCGGAUGGCGUGGACUCGUUGGCAGCAAGAAGACCUUUGGUAUCGCGCUGUUUGCGUCGCUGGGCGGCCUGGUCUAUGGGUACAAUCAGGGCAUGUUCGCGCAGAUUCUCACGAUGCGAAACUUUAUCGACGCGACCGAAGGCUACGCCGAACUCCCCGGUAUCCGACAGGGCAUGUUGACCGCGAUUCUCGAACUGGGAGCCUGGCUGGGAACACUGAUCAAUGGCUACUUGGCCGAUGCGCUGGGCCGUCGAGUCACAGUAGUCGUCGCGGUGGUCAUCUUCUGCGUGGGCGUUAUCGUCCAGGCGUGCACAAUCAACAAGGAUUUCGUUCUGGCAGGUCGGUUCGUCACCGGUCUCGGAGUGGGAAACCUCAGUAUGAUCGUGCCGUUAUACAAUGCCGAGCUGGCUCCUCCGGAAAUUCGUGGCUCGCUGGUUGCUGUCCAGCAGCUUUCGAUCACUUUCGGUAUCAUGACCAGCUUCUGGAUCGGCUACGGAACGAACUUCAUCGGCGGCACGGGCGCAUCCCAGUCCAUCGCAUCGUGGGAAAUUCCCGUCUGUAUCCAGCUAGCCCCGGCGCUCGUCCUGGCCGCCGGUAUGAUGUUGUUCAUGCCCCAGUCACCACGCCACCUCAUGAACACCGGACGCGAUGAAGAGUGCCUCCACACGCUUGCCCGCCUGCGCGAUGCCAGUGUCGAUGACAUUUUGGUUCGCAUCGAAUAUCUCGAGAUCAAGGCGCUGCACAUGUUUGAGGUAGAGACGGCCAAGAAGAAGUACCCCGAUUUCCAGGACGGGUCGUUCCGCAGCCGCUUCAUGAUCGGGCUUUACGACUAUAUGUCCUUGGUCACGGACCCGUCGCUGUUUAAGCGGACCAGCAUUGCGUGUCUAGUGAUGUUCUUCCAACAAUUCAAUGGAAUCAAUGCAAUCAACUAUUAUGCCCCCCAAAUCUUCGAGGAUCUGAACCUGGGCGGCGACACCACCAAGCUCCUGGCCACCGGUGUGGCCGGCAUCUUCGAGUUCGUGUUUACGAUCCCCGCCGUCAUCUGGGUCGACAACAUCGGCCGGAAGAAGAUCCUCAUCGCUGGCGGCAUCGGCAUGGCCGCGUGCCACUUCAUCGUCGCGGGUAUCAUCGGGUCAUACCAGCACUCGUUUGACUCGCACAGCGGUGCCGGCUGGGCGGCUGUAGUGUUUGUCUGGCUGUUCAUCAUUAACUUUGCGUACUCCUGGGGCCCCGUGGCAUGGAUCCUGGUUUCUGAGGUCUUCCCCCUGUCCAUGCGCGCCAAGGGUGUUAGUAUCGGUGGUAGCAGCAAUUGGCUCAACAACUUCGCCGUCGGACUCUUCACCUCCCCGUUCAUCGGCGUCUCCAACUACGGCACCUUCAUCUUCUUCGGCUGCAUCACGACGCUCGCCGUCCUGUACGUCAUCUUCCUCGUUCCCGAGACGAAAGGCCGCACGCUCGAGGAGAUGGACGAGCUUUUCGGGUCCGGAGGAGUGGCCGCGGAGGAUGCAGCGCUGAAGCACCGCAUCGAGAGCGAGAUCGGCCUGUUGGCCCUGCUGGGUGAGGAGCCGUCCGCGCCGCUGGAGAAGAAGGUCGUGGGAACCGCCGAGCACGAGGAGAAGGUUCGGGUUUAGCUGUCGGGAUGUGCAUGCUCCCCUU